GGCAGCAUAAUCAACAAAAGAAUUAUCAUCUGUUUUUUCUUCGUGCGUUUGAUUUGAAUCAAUUUUAAUUUUCGUUUUGAAACAAAACAAAAAUGAAUGAUCCACGUUUACAACGAUCACCACCAUUAAUACGAACAUUAAAAUGGCUUGGAUUAUGGUCAGGUUUUUUCGGUAUACUAUAUCUACAUUAUCAUGGAAUGUCACCGGAAUAUUUUUCCGAACGAAAACGAUCAACCGAAACCGUACAUCCAGAUGAUUGUCAAGAUAUUGUUGGUUAUCGUCAAGAAUUAUUAGAAUCUAUACCAAAAUAUCAUGAUUAACGAAAUGAAAUAAUGUUUGUAAAUAAAAUUCCAUUGUUUUAGAAAAAACCUA